AUGGACUCAAAGGCCCCCAAGAAGUACUACCAGUAUAAGAGCAGGAACAAAUCCCAGGAGAAAUUUGCCAGGAAGUUUCCGUACAGGUUCUCUUGGCUGAUGGAGCACGACCCAGAGUCCCUGCAGCCCUGGACAGGCACAAAGACAGACAGCUUGCUGCAGAAGCAGCUGCCCCUGCAGAAGAUGUUGGUGCCAGCGAGAUCCAUCCCCGUCAGAGGGUUUGGGGCCCCAGACUUAUCAUCACUGUCCUGCUUCCAUCCACCGCCGCCAUCACCCCCGAAAAGCCUCUGGGAGCUCAGGCUCUUGAGACACCGCUUCCCCUGA